GGAAGGAAGGUGAGGCACAAGCGGGGCUUAUGUCUUCUCGAUCUGAAGAGGGUGCGAGGAUAACAAAACAACCCACGGUCAGCGACACUUCAGUGGCGAGGAAAGAGGGUGCUUCUGCUGCCCGAGCAGAUUGUCAUUCUUGGUCCACUGUAAUCCAAAAUGUGCUUUGAUGUACAAUGGAUAUUCCUGAGUACUUAGAUUUGGAUGCAAUAGAUUUUAGUGAUGAUACGUUUGGCAGCUCCACAGCAAAAGCCCUUCCUGAGCUGUACAAAAGAUCUGAAAUGCAGAAUGAAGAUCGAAUAGUUUCUAGUUCAAAUUGGCCUUCUGGAAGUACAGCAUCUGUUGGCAGUGGAAUAAAAUCCAAAGGGAAUGCAGAUGUAUACAGUAAAUUCAGACCCGUGAAACGAGUUUCACCUCUCAAGCAUCAACCAGAAAAACCUGACAAUGACAAGAACAUUGAAGAGCAUGAACUUAAGAGUGAUUAUAAAAAGCAAGAGGAUACUGAAAAUCCAAACCUGUUCAAUACCUCGUGCGACAACAAUGGGCAGUGCUUUAGGAUCAAAGACACUCAGACCAACACUUUGCUUGAUGAACUUGAACACUAUGAUUUGGAUAUGGACGAAAUUUUGGAUGUGCCUUAUAUCAAAUUAAGCCACUUUCCUUCCCAGAAAUGUAGUCCUUUCAAAAAGGCUGCCCUGGAGAGUCACACAAGCAUGGAUAUGAGAGAUGAUGGUAGCAGGGUCUGCACAGCAGUGAAAGCUGAGAACUCAUCUUCCAACUUAACACAAUUUUGUAUUUUGUCGCCAGUAAAUAACUUGGAAUUGAGGAAAUUAAAACCAAAUGCCAUAAACCAACAAGGGCAAGCAACUGGAAAUUUAGAGAGUUCUGUGCAUGAGAAUGCUGUGUAUGAUGCUGAAGCCCAGGAUAAAAGCUCAGUCAGCAGAACUUUGUUUGUUGAUCCACAUGGCUAUAAAGUUGGCAGUGCAAUACCAAACUCACAGCAAAGGUCUUUGUCUCUGCAAUCGUCAGUGGGGAGCAAAGUAGAAGAAGGCAAUGGUAGUACAAAUGGGAUUACCGUGGGAGGAUCUGGAGAGAAGAGUGAGGAAGCAAAAAAUGUUAAAAGCAUUUUAAAUAUAGUCAGAGACGGACAGAUUUCACUUUUGCCCCACUUAGCCGUUGACAAUUUGGAGAAGAUUCACGAUGAACAUGGAAAUAAUCUACUGCACAUUGCAGCGUCACAAGGACAUCUUGAAAGUUUGCAGCAUCUGACCACCUUAAUGGCAGAGGAAUGCUUGACAGAACGUAACAAUGAGAAACUAACGCCAUCUUCAUUAGCUGUAAAGGAAGGAAAACUUGAAUGCCUUCGUUGGCUGAUGAGUGAGACUGAAGCCAUUGCUGAACUGAGUCCUUCAGAUGGUUACCCUGCUCUUAUACAUUAUGCAGCAUGCCAUGGUCAGGAAAGGGUUCUUCUGUGGCUUCUACAAUAUAUGCAAGAACAAGGAAUAUCUUUGGAUGAAGUUGAUCAACAUGGAAACACUGCAGCUCAUGUUGCAACUCAGCAUGGUCAUCUGACUUGCCUUCAGACCUUAGUCGAAUAUGGAGCAAAUGUGACAAUACAGAAUCAGGAUGGAGAGAAGCCGUCCCAGAGUGCAGAACGAGCCGGUCACACUACUUGUUCACGUUAUCUGGUGGUUGUAGAAACCUGCAUGUCUCUAGCAUCACAAGUGGUGAAGUUAACAAAACAACUAAAAGAACAAACAGUGGAGCGAGUCAGCUUGCAAAAUCAAUUGCGGCAUUUCCUACAAGACCAGGCAACAGAAACGUCGGACCUUCAAUCUGCGGGUUCCUCAAUGCCAUCUGAAAAUGGUAAGAAGAAAACUAAUGUGUUGAACGAUCAAAAGGUGACUUCUGUAAAUGAAAAUGAGAGUGCAACUAAAUGCAGCGCUGAUUCAAAACCGAAGACAACAACAAAAGGGAUGCUAAAACAGAAAGGUGAAGAAGCAGACAAAAUUAUUCGUCAACUUUUGGGAGAAGAGAUUUCUGGGAAUGUGUGCACACAAGAAAAACUUUCAUUGGAAUUUCAAGAUGGGCAGGAGGCAAGUGUUGUGACAGGUUCUGCAAGAAAAGCCCUGAGAGACAAAAGAGAACUUAAACUGACCAGACUCAGAUAUUCUCAAAGAUCCUCUAGUGAGUCAGACACUGAUUCCCAUAUUGGUGAAGAUCAGAAGAGUUUUCCCAAUAAGAGAGGUAACAAGACACGACCACAACCCAUUGUUGAAAAGGAGGAAUGCGCUGCAAAAGUACAGUUCAUGAUUAAAAAGCACACUUCAGCAAUUGGCAGAAUGUUCCCUUUUGUCCCUAAAGCCCCUGGUGCAUCAGACGACCAAAGUCAUUCUCCUGUUGCUGAAAGCCAUGAUAAAUUUACUGACUGUCAGCAUCAGACAAGAAGUCCAGUUAGGCCCCAACUUACUGAGGACACAUCUCUGCUUUGUGCCGAUAAUGGUGACAUGCAGAAAAUGACAAACAGUCCAAAAAGUGCUCUUAAAUCACCAACUUCAAAAAGUAGAGUGUCUCAGAAUUUAAAAUUAAGAGUCACUUUUGAGGAACCUGUUGUGGAAAUUGAGCAAACAGUUUGUGAAUUAGAUAACAGAAAGGAUAUAGAAAGUGAGAAAACAUUACCAAAAUCUCCAACUAGUUUAGAAAUAAUUGACCCAUUGAACAGAUGUGGUGGACAACGUAGUUCACCUGUGGAAUCUACAAACACUAACCAGAACAACAAUAACUCACAAGCUGUCCAUUUAAACAUGGAUUACAUCCCCAGUUUACCACUGAAUUCUGCAGGAAGGAAGGCUGGAGGUUCAAAAUCAAGUCUUUUAACAGCCACAAAAGUUAAUACCAAGACAGUAAACGUGGUAAAAUCGACAAAAUAAUCCAUUGUUUAAAUCUUUUAUCACACUAAAAAGCCAAACUAACUUUUUAUUAAUAUACAAAAACUAGAAUCAAAUUUUAUUUUGGGUACAUUUGUAUAGAAGAAAUUAAGCUGAACAGAUCUGAGCAUAUGUUGACUUUUUACUACAUUGAAAAAAUAUAUACUGAUGUAAAAAAAGAUAUAGUAAUAGUUCCAUAGUUUUUUGAUUGGUUCUACGUAAUACAUUUUCAGUAUUUUAUAAUAUAAAUUGUAUAGUGUAGGAAAGUGGAAGAUGAAUGUUAAAACUAGUGUCUGCACAAAAUCUAAUAACAGACCAAUUAAAACAUAUUGAUUUUCUUUGUCCAUUGUGCCAAUAUCCCUUCCUACUCUCCUGAUGGCACGGACAUCUUGACCAGGUAACUAUUUUUUGUGUCAUCUUAGAAAAUGUCUUCAAAUUAUCGUGAACAUCACACAGAUAGCAGUGGAGCAAUGGGUCAAGAUCAUUUUGUUCCCUUUCAAACCUAACAUGAUGAUUUUUAAAGAGAGGUAUAAAGUCACUAUUCCAUCCUGACCAAAAUCAACAAACAGCACAAACUGCAAGUUAAAUUUGUGGUUGCAUGGUUUCACUGGGUCAUAUAUUCAGUGUCUUAAUCCAUUGAACCAUGUCUACAGUUUAGUAAAAAUAUUUUUUUGAGAUGCUGUAUUGAUGAUUGGUCUUGGGGAUUUCUUUUUCUGGAGCUGGAUUUGAAUUCCGUUUUCUUCUCUCUGCAAAAAAAAGUUGAUAUUAUCAACAGUAUUAUUCUUUAUUUUUGUCAGGUAUCAGUUUAUCACAGAACUCGAUCUUCUUGAAAUCUGUACAAAACUGCUUAUCUUUGGUGCCAAUUUCUACUGAUGAAAAGUACGAGCAUUUUAGCAUUAAGGCUUAAGACAUAGUUAAAUGCUAUUUAAUGAGAUUUAAUUUGAACGUAAAAUGGAAAAAUAUGAUGUCAGGUGAAAAAAAAUAGAAGUUUGCCAUUUCCUCAACAGUGACAUCCUCAUUAUAAAGCAUAUACUUAUUGUUACUGUCUUGUGUAAAUGGACAUGAUUGCAUUUCAACACAAAACCUGAAGAUCUACAUUUACCUGCCAAGAUUCUUUUCUGAAUUCUUCAUUCUCUUGAUGUGAUUCAUUUUCAUUUUUCACACUUACCUUGAGCCAUAUCUUUGGCAUGGAUAUUAGCCUUCUAUAUCCAUGGUUAUCCUUCACCCAAUGUAUGAAUCUACAAUGUAGUUAUUCCCUUUCACCAAAUUUGCUGACCUCAAUCACACUGUUAGUUUAUUCUUUCAUUCGAAUAAACUUCCUUUCUUGCAACAUUGUUUGUCUACACUGAUAAACUUCUCUAUUUAUUCUACAGAUAUUCUGUACUCCAUUUCCACCAUCUGCCUGUAUUUCACAGCUGUCUGCUUGGCAGACCGUUAUUAAUUUUGUUGGAUGAGAAACUUCCCACUGUGAAGGAAUAUCAUCCUCUGCACCAGUCCACCCUCGGGCCACUGAGUUCGUCUUCCAUCCCUGACCAAUAUUUCAGUCUGAAUUGAUUUGUUUAAAAUUUUGGAAUCCAGUUCAAAUUUGCUUUAUUUUCUUAUCGUCGAGAAAGUGUUUAAUUGCCCUAUGUGCCAACAAUAGAACAACAACAUUCUGACUUGCAGCAACACAACAGGCCUGCAAAGACAAGAUAAUACAAUACAAUAACAUAUAAUAAAUAAAUAAUCAAUAAAUGAAUAACCCCAGUAUUACUGCAAAGACAUCCCAAAUACCUUAGUGCAACCAAAGAGGUUAGUGUUCAAGAUCCUAAUGGGUGUUGGGGGGGAAAAAACUAUUCUUGCACUUGAUGGAUGCAUUUUUCAGACUCCUAUAUCUUCUUUCUGAUGGUGGAUUGAAAUGAGAGCCUGGCCAGCAUAGUGUGGUCUUAUUAAGGCAAUGCCUCCUGCGAUGAUGGGGAGAUCAGUGAUGGACUGGGCAAUGUCUACCAUUCUCUGUCAUUUCCUACAUUCUUAGGCAUUCGUUGCCAAACUAGUCCGUCAUCCAACCAUUCAAUAUGCACUCAACAAUAAGCUGUAGAAGUUCGAGAAUGUUGUUUAAUAUACAGAUCUCCUGAAUCUUCCAAGGAGGUAAAGGCAUUAAUGGGCUAUCUGCAUGAUUGCAUCAAUGUGCUGGGCUCAGGACAUAUCUUUAGAGAUAUGCACGCCCUGGAACUUUAAGUUGUUGACUCUCUCCAUCAACAACCAGCCAAUGAAGGCAGGUCCGUGGAUUUCCCCUUCUCAAGUCGACAAUCAGCUCCUUGAUUUUGCUGACAUUGAGAGCACGAUUGUUGUUCUGGAACCAUUCAAUCAGAUUAUUAAUUUCCCUCCUAAACUCUGAUUCUGCCUAUUGUGCAACAACGGUAGGAUUGUCAGUGAAUUUAAAGACACCACUGGAACUGUGUCUGGCUAUAACAGUCAUGGGUAUGAAGUAAAUAAAGCAGGGGGGUGAGCACUUCGCCCCUUGAUCCUGUGCUGAUGGUUAAUGAGGAGACAAUGUUGACAGUUAGUAAUGAUUAUGGUCUACCGAUAAGGAAGUACAGCACCUAGUUAGUUCCACAUGGAUGUGCAGAGUUCCAGUUCACUGAGUUUGAAAACCAGUUUGAAGGGGAUGAUGGUAUUGAAUGCUGAGUGUAGUCGAUGAACAACCAUCUAAUGAACCACACCUGGAGAAUUGUGUGCAGUUUUUCUCUCCAAAUUUGAGGAAGGACAUUCUUGCUAUUGAGGGAGUGCAGCGUAGGUUCACGAGGUUAUUUCCCGGGAUGGCUGGACUGUCAUAUGUUGAAAGAAUGGAGCGACUGGACUUGUAUACACUGGAAUUUAGAAGGAUGAGAGGGUAUCUUAUUGAAACAUAUAAGAUUAUUAAGGGAUUGGACAUGCUAGAGGCAGGAAACAUGUUCCCGAUGUUGGGGGAGUGCAGAAUCAGGGGCUACAGUUUAAGAAUAAGGGGUAGGCCAUUUGGAACAGAGAUGAGGAAAAACUCACCCAGAGAGUUGUAAUUGUGUGGAAUUAUCUGCUUCAGAAGGCAGUGGAGGCCGAUUCUCUGGAUGCUUUCAACAUAGAUAGAGCUCUUAAAAAUAGUGGAGUCAAGGGAUAUGGGGAGAAGGUAGGAACAGGGUACUGAUUGUGGAUGAUGAGCCAUGAUGGCGGUGCAGGCUGGAAGGGCCGAAUGGCCUACUCCUGUACCUAUUGUCUAUUGUCCAGGUCCUUGCCUAGGUAGCAAUUGAUAUGUGUCAUAAUCAACCUCUCAAAGCACUUGAUCAUGGAUAUUUGGUGCCAUUGGUUGGCAUUGAGGCAUGUUACCAUGUUGCUCGUGGUGGUAUAGAAGUCCAUUUAAACCAGGUGGGAACCUCGGACCUUAGUAAUGAGAGGAUGAAGAUGUCUGCAAAAAAGUCUCCUGGUGUUAAGAAACUGGCCAGGUACAAAAUCAGGUGAAUAUAUCUUCUAAGGCUUCCUCCUUAUGUAUACCAAUAGCUCUAUUAUUUACAUCAUUGCUUCAUAACUCAUCUCUGCACUUAUGCUUUGAUGCUGAAACUUUUAUACCCACUUUUAUAACUUAAAUACUAUUACAUUCUGUUUGCCUUUCUAUACUCGAGCUGCAUUCAUCCAGUCUUACAUCAAAUCCCAUAAACGUUUCAUUAUACCCCUAUGCCUUUCAUUAUGUUAAUUUACACUGGUUCUCCAUAUUUCGAAACAUUAAAGCUUAAAUAUUUAUUUUUAAAUCACUUAAUUCUAAUAAUAUUAUAAACUCUUCUUGCCCCAUGUCACUGUUUAGCAUCUCUGAGCAUUAACAUUUUGUGUGUAUUCAUCACUCUUUGUCUCACUAUUAAUGUGGUGGGUGCCUUUCGGUAGUAAGGUUCUACUCAUUGGGAUUGUAACCUAAUAAUCUCAUCUCUUCAACCUAUUUUCCAAACUCCCCCAAACUUCUUCAAAGUUUCCGAAAUAUUCUACCUGUUGUCCACAGCUAUGUAAUACUGAAGUAUGUUUUUAUAUUAAGCUUCUUAAUCCUUACUCCUUAUCCCACUCCUUAAUAACCCUCCCCACUUCUUUGACUGGAAUGAGGUCAACGCUGCAAGUACUUUUUUUUUGGCUCAAUAACAUUUUUUCCUACAAAAUCUUUAAAGUAUUUGGGACAUUCUUUAUGUUAAAGAUGCUAUAAAUGCAAAUGAUGUAUACACAAUUUUAUUUUCUAUUUGUGAAUAUAUAAAUUACAAUUACUGAGAACUUCACAAACUGUACAGUUUGUUUAUAAAUGUGAUGGAAUUAUUCUAUCAAAAGAUGUUUUUGAAGCCAAUUUGCAAUUAUACAGAAUAUUGCUUUCUUUGGAUUAAUUACUUAAUGCAAAAAUAGCAAUUAAAUGUUAACCAUUAUGUCAAUACAAUUUAUUUUACUGAAAUGUCUGUGUUUUGGGCAACAUUGUCCUGUUUGAAUUUUUAUUUUGCUUGUUUGAUUGUAUUUUGAGUUAAAUCCUGUUAAAAGUUUGAUUUGCACUUUUUUUUGUUUUCUGUAAAAUUCCAUGGCACUCUUGUUUGUACAAAUAAAAUUGUAACAGUUCUAAAUAUUGGGUAACCUCCCGUUAAAGCAGUUUGUGUAGAAGUUACCACAAUGGAUAACAUUAUUUUGGAGGAAUGUUUGUCAUCUACAACACAUUUAGCCAUCUGGUGCCCUCGUUUGUUUUUGUGACUAUUACUGCAACCAUUCAAAGAUGAAACUAUUUAAAUAUUUGGGAGGUUUUUUUCAACCUUAUGUUGAUUUUACACAAGGAUAGGCAAAAAUAUUCUAAUAAACUAUUCUUUGAUCCUUGUACUCAGCAUUUACAUGAUAUUAGGUUGCUAGAUAGAAAACUGAAAUGCAAGGUCAGUGAAAUGUUUUUAUUUAUAUAGUACCAUCAUUAUGCAUUUGGGACGGUAUUAGCUCCAGGGACGAAGCAAUCCUUGCACCCCAUUUAAAUGGAAGUCAAACAAUGUAAACAAAGGAUCGGUCAUUCAUUAUUUUUGAAUUAUUCUUUUAAAGGGACUAUCUGCUUAUGUCAGUUGCCUGUAUUCCACAGUAUUUGUGAAAAGGGAGUUACUGGGAAGUUUCUUAUGAAGUAUUCCUCUUCAGUGUUUACCAUGUUUAUGUUGAAAGGUCUCAUACAUCAUCAAGUUGAAGAAAAGCAUGAUCUACUAGUGAGUGGUAUGAAACUAAAGUUGAUUUGUGUUUACUCCAGAUCGCUUUUUAAUCAACUUGCCUACUGCAAAAUGAUGCCAAAACAUAUGGUUUCAUAAAAUGUGUCGGAAAGAACUGCAGAUGCUGGUUUAAAUCAAAGGUAGACACAAAUGCUGGAGUAACUCAGCGGUACAGGCAACAUCUCUAGAGAGAAGGAAUGGGUGACAUUUCGGGUCGAGACCCUUCUUCAGACUCGCGUCAUCCUCUCCAGAAAUGUUGCCUCUCCAGCUGAGUUACUCCAGCAUUUUGUGUCUACCUAUGGCUUAAUAAAGUUCUACUGCUGCAAAAACACACAGCUCUAUAAAUAAAAACCUUGAUCAGGCAAACACAACUUAUUUAUAUCACGAUAUACUGGUUGGGAUUCCAGUUCUUAAGAACAUUGGGAUUAUUUGUUCCACAAUGUAAUAGAAUCCUUUACAAAGAGGAUUAUUUUUCAUUUAAAAAACGUAAGUUGUCUACUUUUUCCCUGCAAUGUCUUUUCAAUAAUAUUUUGACUGAGUUUAAAGAGUACCCAUGGCAGGUAAAUCAGUAAUCAUAGAGCAUGUCAGGAAAGAAGAGCUGCUGAUGAUUACAGAAAUAAACAGUACCCUGUUGAGUUUGAAGGGUGGUGAAGAGGAUAAAGAACAGAAUUGUAAAUUCUUCAUGUAUCUUCCAAGGCAAGCUGCUAAGCAUGGAAGCACAAGAUCUUACUCAUACAGCUGAAAGUUAUUGUUUUGGUGUUCUCACUGCAACUAGCAUAAGAAGGAAUACUUAAUGUAGUCCAAUAUCUCAAUUGAGAUCAGAAUGGUGCAGUGCUUUUUUUUCGAAAGCUAAGUCAUUUUAAUAUAAUAAUAUGGCUUUGGCUUUUAACGCUGAGGAUCUUGCUUGAUUUAGGUAUGCUUUCAAACACCGAAAUAAAAGUUCACCAGUUAGAGGUGUUUAGCAACAGUGAUUUUUGUUAUCUGUGCUUCCUGGCGAAGGAAAACAGUGUGUGGUUUGUUUGAAUGCUCCUAUGGAAACUAGAUAACAGUGCAUAAAUGUGCAGAUUCAUGUUAACCUUGCAAUAAUGCCCAUCCCUUAUGCUCAUCUUUGCAUUCUAAAAGUUUAUUUAAUUUAAACAGUCAUAAACAAAUCCCAAAACAGAAUACUUCCUCGUGCUUUUGUGGACGUUUUCAAUUGAAAGUGUUUCUAAUAUUUUUUUGAAAUAAUUGAAUAAAACAGGUGAUUAUUAAGUAACAAUGUUGGAAAAUACAUACUUUUACCAACCUUUAUAGAAUUGUGACAUAUAUUCAAUUUGACA